AUGAAUGGAAUUUUUGGAUUUGGUGCGAAUAAAACGCAUGACCAACAAACUUCAGGAGGCGGUGGAGGUGGCCUCUUUGGAGGUGGAGCUGGAUACGAAGGCGGAUGCUCAGGUGGAGGAGGUUCUGGGGUUGUUUAUUCAAGCUCAAAGCCUCCUCAAAUAAGAGAUAUAAAAGAAAUUAAAUUUGAGAAUGGUAAUAUGUUAGAUGGAGUUAAUAUUGGAGAUGGAUAUGCCGUUAUUAGUAGAUUUUAUCUGUUGUACGAGAGAACAUCGUUGUGCGACGGAUCCAGCGCAUUUUGCUAUUUCCUUUUCACAAGAUCAAUGCUUUUGACAAAUGAAUAA